AGUUACGGGGUCCCAUGCAACAACCAAUGGGAAGCUCCAAAGCGUGAAAAGGGGGGGAGCGGCACUAGCAAAUUUCUCUCUCUCGUCUCUUCUAGUCUCGCCCUUUGCUUCGCCCCCCUUUUUUUUUUUUUUAUUUACAUUUGUGUUUGGGUUUGGAUCCCUUCUCUCUGCCUCCUCAUCCUCAAUCCUCUAUGUAUAGUUGCCGUGGAUAAAGAUUUCAUUCGUUGAUAAUUGGCCAUGCAAAUGGCUUCCACUGCUCGAACCGUCGAGGAGAUCUUCAAAGAUUACUCUGCUCGAAGAACUGCCAUCGUUCGUGCUUUAACUAACGAUGUGGAUGACUUUUAUGGACUCUGUGAUCCAGAUAAAGAGAAUUUAUGCCUGUACGGACAUCCAAAUGAAAGCUGGGAAGUAACUCUGCCAGCGGAGGAAGUUCCACCGGAGCUUCCUGAGCCAGCGCUUGGUAUUAAUUUUGCAAGAGAUGGAAUGAACCGGAAAGAUUGGUUGUCCUUGGUUGCUGUGCAUAGUGAUUCUUGGUUGAUUUCUGUGGCUUUUUAUCUUGGUGCACGUCUUAACCGCAAUGAAAGGAAACGUCUAUUUAGCAUGAUUAAUGAUCUUCCCACAGUCUUUGAGGUUGUGACUGAAAGGAAGCCUGUUAAAGACAAGCCAAGCAUGGAUAGUGGGAGCAAAUCUCGGGGCAGCACAAAGAGAUCAAGUGAUGGAGAAGCGAAAAGCAAUCCUAAGCUUGCAGAUGAGAAUUACGAGGAUGAUGAAGAUGAACACACCGAAACACAGUGUGGCAGCUGCGGUGGAAAUUACAGUGCAGAUGAGUUUUGGAUCGGCUGUGAUGUUUGUGAGAGGUGGUUCCAUGGAAAGUGUGUUAAGAUAACACCUGCUAGAGCUGAGAGCAUUAAGCAGUACAAAUGUCCAUCUUGCAGCAUGAAGAGGGCAAGGCAGUGAUAGUGACUAAAAUGAUGAGAAGACGACAGAGAGACAUUUCAAUUGCUGACAAAGUAGUAUAGCAAUAUUCCUGUGUUCGGAAAUGUAAUGAAGCUUAUUGUCAAAAUAUAUGUUUAUAACAGAUGCUUGGGAAGUUCUACUUCCUUGCUGACACCUUUUAAAGAGUACUUUACGUGUCCAUCCAGCCAUUCGGUUAUGUUUGGGGGUGGUCUUCAUGU